CACAGCGACCGUUAACGUGAACUCUGGCUAGCCUAUGUAUUGGCCAUGUCUCACAAAUGAGGAGCUUUCUGAACACUAGAAGCGAUGAGGAUGAGAGUGGCUGUGCUGGUGCUUGUUGUUUCUGUCAGUCUGACUGAAGCAGCACGAUGUGUGCCUACAAGUAGUCCACACUGUUACAAAACUUCAACUAGACCAGAAGAGGACUUCAUUUGUGAAUGGGAUGAGAGAAACCCUGGGAAGAGCCAAACACACACUCUCCAUAUAUGGGACGCUGAAAAAAACAGUUUUCGUACGCAUGUGAAGUGCAGCAAACCAGCACAGGUAACCAUUCUCUUGGAGGAACUAGGAAUCCCGUCAAGAACGACAGACAUAUGGGUACAGACACAAGUGGGCAACCUCACCUGUAACUCUAGCAAAAUCUCAGUCAUCCUUGAAUGCAUGGUCAAAUACAGUAAACCUCAGAUUAUCAGCAUGAAAAGGUCAGCUGGAAUCCUGAAUCUCACACUGGACAAACCGAAGGAUAACAGAGGUGCUAUAUAUGAGAUCAGAUGGAGAGAAAGGGACUCUGAAUGGCAGAAUACAACAUUUGAAACUAAGGACAGCACUAUUGAAGAUUUCCACAUGCUACAUCUACAGAGCCAGACUAUCUACCAGAUCCAACUGAGGCGGCAGGCCAAACUGAAGUCACAUCUAUGUAAAGACUCACUACAUGCUCUCCGGAGUGACUGGAGCCAAAUGGUGGAUGUUCCCUCAGAAAUCAGGCGCCGACCUGUAAUACGCUGGGUAGAAAAUAACCCGAAAAAUGGUACCAGGGAUAUUAAUCUCUUCUGGGAUUCUAUUCUUAAAAUCUUAUUGAAGCUGUUACCUGAGGUACCCAGUCCUGUGAUUGAUGCAGCAGAAUUCAGAUGUCCGGAAGAGCAGGACCAGAGGCCGAUGAUAGAGGAGGUGCACGAAUUCGUUCUCUUGCUGCGCCAAGAUCUCGGCAAACGCAGGGAGAACGUGACUCCUGAGCAGAGCACUUUACUGCAAGACUUUGGGCUUGUCGUCUUUGAAGAGGAAGAGGAGGAAGACGAAGUGGGUGGAGUUACUGACUUGAGCUCUAUGAAAUCCUGUUGCUAUCCGAAUCCUAGCUACAGAGGACAGAUGCUACAGCUGCCAGAGCCUUUCCACAUGACAGACAGCACUUCAAGGGACAAUGACACAGAGUCCACGUACAGAGAUGGCCUGUUCUUUGAAACACGAGUCCUGGAGUGUGACAAAACGUCACUAUAAUAGAAGCUGAGUGUAGGGACAAAUAAACAACCCUC